AUGAUAUCCUUCCUCUUCUUUAUUAUCUUUCAAGUGAUUUUCCUGGCCGCUUGGGUUUCCGGCUACCUUGACCCAUACCAGAAGCAACUCCAAGAGCUCCUCUUGGAUUAUAUGGGCGAGACCAAGGUGUCUUAUGGACUCAAGAGAAGUCUCACAGGCAAAAAACUCACCGAAGACCAGAAUCUCAGCAAGAUUCAAGACCAACUUGGAGAUCAACUCGGUGGAAUGUUUGGCAAAGGUGGUCUCGGGGAAGGACUUGGUUCUGUAUUGAGCAAAGGUCUUUGA